UGGGUUGUUUCUGUUUCAAAAUGGAGUUGUCUGAGUCGGUGCAGAAAGGGCUGCAGUCUCUAGCAGACCCGUCGCUUUUCGACCUGAAGACAUCCUCUGUGUUGAUAUAAUUAACCUUUCGCAGCUCGCUAACCGCCCAUGCCGACCGUAGUGUUCUCGAUCAACCUGAAUUGAUCUGCCACCAACUGCAUACUGGAGGGGGUCAAACAAAACGUGGACAAAUCCACUAUAAGCUUGUGCCUGGAGGAUGUUAGGUUUGAUGCGGAGAGAACAUAUGUAUUCUACAUCGCAUACCAGUAUAGGGAGAUGCCCUCCUCAUAUCAACGACGUGUCAUGGCGUCUGGAGUACCUUAUCAAGAACGGGCAUGUGCAUAAGGUCAACGAGCCGUCCUAUCUGAUUUCAUUAAACCUUGAGAAUACCAACAACGGAGGAUCGUCGGAAGAGGUCCAUUAAAGCUGCACUAUGGAACAACUUCAGGGAUCUUCCUUCCAUGACGAUGCAUCGAACGACCAGAAUUAAGAUAACUGAGCUGAACCCCCACCUCAUGUGUGUGCUAUGUGGUGGCUACUUCAUCGAUGCCACAACCAUUAUAGAAUGUCUCCAUUCAUUCUGUAAGAUGUGCAUUGUGCGCUAUCUGGAGACCAGCAAGUAUUGCCCCAUCUGUGACGUGCCAGUACACAAAACCAAGCCUCUGCUCAAUAUAAGGUCUGACAAAACCCUACAAGACAUUGUCUACAAGCUGGUCCCUGGUCUCUUCAAAAAUGAGAUGAAGAGAAGGAGAGACUUUUACGCAGAUCACCCUUCUGUAGAUGCUACGACAAGGUCUAAUGAGGAUCGAGGGGAGGUGGCGGACGAGGACAAGAGAAUCAUCACAGACGAUGAGAUCAUCAGCCUCUCCAUUGAGUUCUUCGAUCACAACAAGGCUGAACAGACCGGCGUGGCUGAGGACCAACUGACUAAAGAACAGGUGAACAAUAAGAGGUAUCUGCAGUGUCCAGCAGCCAUGACCAUCAUGCACCUGAGGAAGUUCCUCCGCAGUAAGAUGGACAUCCCCUGUACCUAUCAGGUUGAAGUGAUGUAUGAAGACGAGCCACUGAAAGAUUACUACACAUUAAUGGACAUAGCCUACAUCUACACCUGGAGAAGGAAUGGCCCUUUGCCGUUGAAGUACCGCGUCAGACCUAGCUGUAAGAAGAUGAAGAUGAGUCAUCUGCAGCAGGAGGGCCAGAACAGCACUGGUCGGUCCGCUGAGAGCGACUCAGCCAGUGACAAAGCCUGCAGCCCUGCCGCUGUUCCCUCCACCUCCUCCUCUUUGCCCAGCCCUGGCACCCCAGUGCAAUCCCCACACCCACACUUCCCCCACAUCUCCAAGCCUGUCAAUGGAGCCUCCACCUCAGCCCCAGCCCCUACCAGACCCUUCCCCUUUGGAAAAAAACCACGGAAGGCCUCGCUGAAUGGUUCUUCUGCAUCCUCGGGAUGACUGGCCUGAAAUCCGGGCCGACAGCCAACGCCAGACCGCUCAGCUAUUAUCUUCAUGCCAAUGUAGUUCCAUUGUUGUAGACGCUCUCUUUUUGUUAUCGUUGUUGUUAUAAAUAUAUGAUAUCUGUUUAAGUAGUGGAAGUGAAGCAUUUCAAUAGGAACAUAGCAGGGAUGUGACAUUAAGUUGGUGAAAGGGAUGUUGGUGAUAGAUGAAUGGUUGAAAAUGAAAGCCCCCAAAAAGCUAUGUUUUAUUUUACAGAUGUGACUGAAGAUGGCCUUUAUAUUAUUUCCUUUAUUUUAAUCUUUUUUUCCCAUAUCAGAAUAUACAUGUGUUGACUCUUGUAAGUGUGUAUUUCAGCCUAUUGUUGUCAGAUAAAGCAUGGUAGAAACCUAUAGGCUUUACUAAUAUUUGAAACGUUGCAUCUAUUGUUCUUUCGAUUGGCUUUUGGAAAGCGUUUCACAGAGAAAUAUAAUAAUCAAUAUAUUAUGUGGAAUCAACUAUUGUAGUAUUGGGCCCACAAUUUUAUGAGAAAACAUAUGAAAGAUCUGCUAAAUGUACAGAGCUUUUAUUAGGCUGUAGGCUACUGGGGGGAAAAAAUACUUUUUUAGCUGCUGUGGAAUCCAAUUGCUUAUAGCCUCGACAUCCCUGAACUCUUGAAGCAACCAAGCAGUUCAGAAAGUCCACACACACACCCAUGUAUAUAGCGAAAUAUAUGCAUAUUUAAUCAGUAAUUAUGUCAAAUAAUGUCCAGAACAACAACCCCCCCUUAAUUUCAUGCUAGAUGACAAAUGUUUUUUGAUGUCUCCCAUGUUCUGCGUAUUUGUAUCGCUCGAUUGUAUGGACAACUAUUGUAUUGUUACUGUUGCACAGUAUAACAUCUAAAUAAAACAUUUUACACUUA